AUGGGCUCUGGUCUUUUUCGGAGCUUUAGCUGUAAUUCAGGCAAAGAAAACGAUGCAAGCUUGAAGAAAAUAACUCACAAUGUAUACUUUGAUGUUGAGAUCGACGGAAAACCUUCUGGUCGUAUUGUCAUGGGCCUCUUUGGGAAAACAGUUCCUAAAACCACAGAGAAUUUUCGAGCGCUUUGCACAGGGGAGAAUGGUAUUGGGAAGAGUGGGAAACCUCUUCACUACAAAGGGAGCACAUUCCACAGGAUUAUUCCCAACUUUAUGCUUCAGUGGAAUUCUAAAUCUCAAUUCCAGAAAUAUAUUGUUGUGUAUGAAUCACUUCAACACUUCAGCAGUUCUUGA